GUUCUGAUCGAAAGAACGCAUUAGUGCAAACUUCGUGAACUAGUGCAGCCAGUUCAGGUCGAAAGAACAAACUUUUUGUGUAACACAGUAUGAUGUAGCUGGAAAGCAUCCCCAGUGUAGUUCCAGUGCAGAGGAAAAGAACAGACCUACGGUAGCGCUGAAUAGCGCUGAUAGUGAGCUUCCCGAACGCACGAAGUUAACGCUUAGCCGCCAUCUUAUUGACACGGGUGAUGUUGCGUUGAUCCCGCUUGUUUUAUUCCUUCGGCGAACAGUGCGUUUUAUUCGCGCUCCGGGGUGAUUUUCAUCAUUUCCUGGAGAAAUGACUCAAUUUCUCCCACCGAAUUUGUUAGCGUUAUUCGCGCCGCGCGACCCGAUCCCGUAUUUACCACCGGCUAACAAACUCCCGCACGAGAAGAAGGUCGGCGGCUACAUAGGAGUCGGGACAUUUCUUAAGUACUUUGAGGAUCCUAAAGAAACACCACCACCAGUACGCGUAGAGACUCGAGAAGAACGUCUUGAACGUAGGAGAAGAGAACGUGCUGAACAAGUUGCUUAUAAACUUGAGCAGGAAAUUGCAGUAUGGGAUCCAGCUGGUAUUUCAAAUGUAACAGCAGAUCCUUUCAAGACUCUGUUUGUAGCUCGUAUUAAUUAUGACACUUCAGAAUCCAAACUCAGGAGAGAAUUUGAGGUAUAUGGACCUGUGAAAAAGAUUGUAGUAAUACAUAAUACAGUUAAUGGCAAGCCUCGAGGAUAUGCUUUCAUUGAAUAUGAGCACGAACGAGAUAUGCACUCGUGGUGGCCGCUGCCGGCAACUAGUGCCGUUCACUAUUCCAUGCAAUCCCUGAACCUGCCUGAUAUGAUAGCUGCUUAUAAGCAUGCGGAUGGUAAGAAAAUAGAUGGUCGCAGAGUAUUGGUCGAUGUCGAGCGCGCGAGAACGGUAAAAGGCUGGCUACCACGAAGACUCGGCGGUGGCUUGGGCGGCACUCGCAGAGGAGGUCCCGAUGUCAACAUCAAGCACUCGGGACGAGAGGAUAACGAGAGGGAGCGAGAGCGGUACCGCUUGGAACGCGAGAGGGAGACUUCGGGACGUGGCCUCGACAGAGACAGGGAUCGCGACCGCCUGGAUAGAGAGCGCCGGAGAUCGCGCGAUCGCAAGCGAAGGAGCAGAAGCAGAUCACGCGACCGCAAGCGCAGGCGAAGUCGCGACCGACUGCCGGAUCCUGACAUCGAGGAGAUUCAGCGAGACGAACGGCCACGCGACAGAAGGGAUCGCGAUAGAGAUCGCGAUCGCGAUAGAGAUCGCAAGAGGCGACGAUCGAGGAGCAACGAUCGGGAUCGUGACAGGGAUCGUAAGCGGGACAAGCGUGACCGGGAUCGCGAUCGCAGGGACAGGAAGGAGCGCGGCGAUCGUCAGGACGAGGACACGAAAGAGAUCCGAAUUAAGGAGGAGCCUAUGGACGAUUACCCAGACUACAGUAAUACGUUCCCGACGUCGGGUUCGUACUUCACCGCCGUCAAGUACGAGGACGAUAACGAUCAGGAGGUGGAGGAGAAAUACCGGAUUCCGGAGGGUCGACCCGACCCGCCUCCUUACAACAAUUACGAUUCCGUACAAGAUUAUUGAUCUCGCCAGUGCAUGUUUUUCGUCCUGUCCCGUUUUUUUUCUACUGUGCGUGAUAAGCCGUUGCAUUGUCAUGGUGUUGUUUCUCCUACAUAACAUAAUUGGCUCUGUAAAGAGCAAAGAAAUGCUUAGAAGAAUUAAUCACAUUGAUCAAACUGCCGUGAAAAAUUCGCGUAAUGUUUGUUUCAAUACAAUCGAAAUUUAUGCUGAUUUGAAGUCGUCUAUGUCUGUCCCCUUUUAUCUCUCUCUCACACACACACACACACAUACACACACACACACUCUCUCUCUCUCUCUCUCUCUUUCCCCUUUCUUUCUCUCAUGAUACAAAUACGUUCCACUUAAAAGGUAAUGUUUCCUUGCAUUAAUGAAUUAAAAAAAGGUAGCAGUCAGUGAAAUAUUGCAUUGUACUAUUCGACAAUAAUGAAUGGUUUGGAUUUAUUUUCAUUAUUUUGCCCAUACGUGUGCAUAACUAUAUACAUAUGUGUACACAACAAGUGCAUAUGUAUCUGCGUAUGCAAUAGAUAAUUUAUUUUCGCGACUGCUACAUGUAUAUUUAUACAUAUUCGGAUAAAAUAAACCAUGCGAUUAAUUCGUUACGUA